AUGGAAAAAUUAAUUGAUGAAUGUAAUAUUCUUAGUUCGGCUGAAUUUAGUCAACCAGAUAAUAUUAAUCAGGCAUUAACUAGAAUAAAUCAAUUUGUUAUUAAAUAUCAAACAUUGAUAUUUACAAGUAUUUGUUUUUCAUUUAUUUUAUUAAUGUUUGUUUAUUAUCCAUUUGUAUGGGUUGUUUCCAUAACGCCACUACCAUUUAUUAUAUAUAAAGUAUUAUUAACGAAAAAAUUUGGACUAACAAAAAUUAUGUCUAAUAUUGAAGAAAAUGAAAUAACUAUUAUCUGUGGAAUGGUCGGAGCAUAUGUUGCUUAUUGUUGUCAUGCAAUAAUACCAAUGAUGUUAAGUAUGACAUUUCCAUUAAUUCUUUGUUUAGUUCUUGGAAGUUUUCAUGAAACAAAAAAAGAAAAAGGCAAAUGA